AUGCCUUCCUUCUCGUUCAAAGACUUUUCCUUCAACAUCCGGCUCGUCGACCAGAAAACCGGCUGCUUCUGUCGAGUCUUGGGCCAUGGGAACCCACACAAUUUCUUCCUCGAGAUUGAAGACAUUGACAGCUUGGGCCGUCCCAUCAACCGUGAAGAGCCUCCCCGUUGUGAGCAGCCUCCUGCGGCUGCGGCGAAUGUGGAAGAAGUCGACGCACCAGCCGCCGUAGCAGCUGCUGUGAUGACCAACAACAACGGUGGAUGUGAUGUUGUGGAGCUUCUCAACAGCAGUGGAUCAAGCAGUGGAUCGAGGACUGAACUUAACCUCUCGGAUUUCCGGCCUACCGAAGACGUGGAGGAAGCUGCCAUUGAUGACGAAGUUGAGUUUGUCGGCAAUCAGCUUGAUCGUAGCGUCCACAUCGAAGAGGGAGAUUCCGCAUCGGAUACAUCUUCGGAUUAUUCUGUUGCUCAUGGCCUCUCCCAGGAACCCUUUUUUGCUCCCGCCCGUCGCCGUCCUGUUCCUGCACCUACUACCCAUCGCAGCCAACGUGUCAGGAAUGUUGCACGCCGUUGA